AUGUCGAAACAAGAGGGCAAGGUUUUAUUAGCCUUACAGGCUAUUCAAAAGGGCCAAAUCAAGUCUCUUCGCGCAGCGGCCAGGCUAUUUAGCGUGCCUGAGUCCACACUACGCAGUCGCGCGCACGGCAUUCAAUCUCGCGUCGAUACACGCCCAAAUGGCCAUAAAUUGACCCAGUUGGAAGAGGAUUCGCUUAUUGAAUGGAUUAUCUCUAUGGACUCCCGUGGAGCGGCGCCUAGGCCAGCUACUGUACGAGAUAUGGCCAAUAUUCUACUAGCUGCGCGUGGUAGCCACCCCCCACCAACAGUUAGCAAGAAUUGGCCAUCAACCUUUAUAAAUCGACGCGAAGAGAUUCGAACACGCGUCUCUAGGCGAUAUGACUACCACCGUGCUCUAAACGAAGACCCUAAAUCAAUCCAAGCAUGGUUUACAACUGUACAACAAGUUAUCGAUAAGAAUGGGAUCCAACCUGAGGAUAUUUAUAACUUUGAUGAGACAGGCUUUGCGAUGGGCCUUAUUUCAACACAGACGGUUGUAACACGGCAAGAAUACUACGGUCGGCGAGCUAUUUUACAGCCUGGGAACCGUGAAUGGGUGACGGCAAUUGAAGCUAUCUGUGUAGAUGGUUAUUCAUUACCACCAUGUGUGAUUUUUAAGGGAAAGGUUGCUAUUGCUAGUUGGUUCGAUAACCUACCAAAAGACUGGCGGUUUGAGGUCUCAGCUAAUGGUUGGACUACCGAUGAUAUUGGCCUACGUUGGCUUGAGAAGCUGUUCAUCCCAUCAACAAAUUCACGUGUCCGUGGCCGUUUUCGGCUUUUGAUUCUUGAUGGCCAUGGAAGCCAUCUCACACCUCAAUUUGAUCGAAUCUGCUCAGAGAAUAACAUUAUACCUCUCUGUAUGCCACCGCAUUCUUCACAUCUUCUACAGCCACUAGAUGUUGGCUGUUUUUCUGUGUUGAAAAUUACCUAUGGUCGCUUUAUAAGUGAUCUUGCACGUACAGGCUAUAACCAUAUUGAUAAGCUUGAUUUCUUAGCUGAUUUUCAACGUGCCCGGCUUGAAGCUUUUAAACCAGCUACUAUCCAGAAUAGCUUUAUAGCUACAGGACUAGUACCAAUUGAUGCUGAAAAAGUUCUUUCUAAAUUGAAUAUUUCGCUACGAACACCUACACCACCAGGCACUCGACCAGGCAGCCGAAGCAGUCAAUUUUCACCUAAGACACCUAGAACUGUGGUCCAGCUUCAAAAGCAAGCUUCAAUGCUUAAAGAUCUUCUAAGACAGCGAUCAAACAGCCCUCCAAGCCCAUCGAAAUUGAUGCUAGAUCAAAUCAUCAAGGGACACUGUAUAUCGCUACACAACACUGCGCUACUAGCACAAGAAAACGCCAAUUUACGUGCAGCGAACGAGAAGAAACGACAGAAGCGCAGUCGGUCAACUAGGCAGGUGCCAUGUGAACAGGGCUUGACUGUUGAAGAAGGCCUGCAGCUACUCACGCAGCUAGAAUUGCCAGUAGAAGCACCUGCGGUCGAACCACACACCCAGGUUGAAUUGCCUAUUCAGCCGAAUCAGCCAGCCCCCAGGGCUCAGCCUAGGUGUAGUGGAUGUCGAGAGGUUGGCCAUCGGAUCAAUUUCCAAUCUGAUAUUUAUCGAAUCUGCAAUACUGUCAUGUUCAAACGCUCCUUUACGUCGAAGAGCUUCACUUCGAAAAGCCGGGCGGGUAAGACUGCCAAGGCUAGCAAGAAGAAGUACGACGAACAAGCCAAAGAGAAGAUGCAGGAGAAAGUAGAGAAAGUGGAUCACCCGCCGACGGGAAGUGCACUGACUAGUCCCAUUAUCACGAUGGUCGUGGGACAAGAGCAGCGUUUAUUCGCCGCUCACGAGGAUGUCCUAUCCAUCUCUCCGUACUUUCGGACCGCUUUGAAGGAGAAGGUUAUGGACGACGAUGCAAAGCAACUGGCUCUACCUGACGAGGAGCCCGAGGUCCUAUCAUGCAUCCUUGAGUUCUUGUACAAGGGCGACUAUUACCCACGUCUUUUUCGUGGUAAGCGUCGAGACUCUUGGCACCUCGAGAAUGCCCAGGAUCCUCAGCAAACUGGCGGUUGCGGGUCGAGCGAGCCGACAAUGUUCCACUCCGGUGUGGGCGAUGUCGUGCUCCGGGAUACGGUGGUAUACUGUGCUGCCGAAAGAUAUGGCCUGGAUGAGCUGAAGCAACUUGCCCUUCGUAAGCAAGGACUUCAGACUGGAAUUCCGGCCGAUGUAAUCUUGCGGUCUGCUCGCUAUGCCUACGAUAACACCCCGGACACCGAGUCUCGACUGCGCGCUCAUUACUUGGCUCUCAUUAUCCGAAGUCGCAAGACCUUCAAGAGAAGCGGGACCAUGCAGAUGGAAAUGGAGAAUGGUGGCAAGUUGUUUUUUGAUCUGUUCGUGGCAAUGUGCAACCACAUGGACGAUCUUGCGGAGAUCCGGUAG